AUGGGUCGCGAGUUCAUGGUGCAUGUGCACCGUGAUCCCUGCACCUGGCUCCGGCUCCCCGACGCCUUCGCGGGGGAGAUGGUGAAGCAUGCGCUGCUGGGCCUAUGGCGGCAGCCGAACGGUUGCUGCAACGGGUCCUCCUGGGUGGCAACGGAUUUCUCCUCCCUCCCCCCCGACUUCAUGUUCAUGAGGCGGGGGUGGAAGCCGUUCGCCCGUGCCCGGGGCUUGAUGGAAGGGCACACCCUCCUCUUCAAGUAUGAUGGGGCCGCCACGCUCUUCAUGAAGAUCUUCGGGACCGCCGGCUACCGCAUGGGCUCCUGCAUGGAGAGCGACAGCAGCGGCUCCUCCGGUGGCAGCAGCGGCAGCAGCAGCACCUCCUCUGGGGGGGAGUGGAACGACGACGACUCCGAUGACUCCAACUGGCCCUGCGUCAAGGAGGAGGACUUCGACUAA